GUGACUUUUGAUGGUCGGAAGCUGGCGAGCACGGUAACAACCGAAAGGGUUUUAUUGUAAUUAUAUCCUGCCAUGUGGUGAUAUAUUAUGGCGCCUACUUCCUGAUUGUCAAAUUACCACAAUUUUAUAUUGAAUUGAGGUACCACAAGAGACAAGAUGGUGAAGCGCACCGCCGGUGGCACGCGGAACCUGCCGCGUCGGGGUAGUGCACGAUCUAUCGGAUUGGAGUUAAUGAUGGAUUGCCAGAAUGAGGAUUUGUCGCCAGCUCAACUCCAGCACAUGAAGAAGUGUCGCCUUGAGUUUGACAACGCCAUGGCAAUGAUAAAGGCCGCUCAGGCGAAGGCGCGGGCAGGAAAGGCCACUGUUUCAGUUCAAAAAGUUCACAUGAAAAACAUUCCACCACCAAAAGCUGUCGCUGUCCCAGGCAGUCCCCAGAAACAAGGUCAGCGAUCCACAAGUCCUGAUGUGAUUUUUGUGGGUGAGAGCCCGCCCCCUCCGACCCAGAAGACUGUGCCCAAGGCUGCACCCCCGCUCCUGGCUAAACCUCCGGCCAUCACCAACGCCAUACAGACCACCGGGGCCAUACAGACCACCGGGGCCAUACAGAAACCCGGGGCCCCUGUGGUAACCAACAUGCAGCCUGGCACUCAGCAGUACAUCAUCAGGGGCAAUGCUUUAGGAAACACCAUGCAAGGGCCGCUUCGUCUGGUACCUCUUAACUCAGUAAACCAGUACCAACAACGUCCUCCGGUCCCUGUACAGUUCCAGGUACACAAACAGAACGCCAUCGCCCCUCAUGCGCCUCAGAGACCCUCUCAGCCCGGAAUGAUGUCUGCCACUUCAAUGCUCGUCAACAGUGCUAUCAUGGCGAAGCGUCAUCUAGAAAGUACACAGGACAGUGCGGGACCUGCCAGGAAGAAGCUCAAGAAACCUGGAGACGUGCUGGAUAAUAUAGGCAGCUGGGUGCCCCUGGACGAGUAUUACUACGGUAAAAUGGAGGGCGACCCUUCUUACCAGGAGGACAAAGGCGAAUACCGAUUCAAGUGCUGGUACUGCUCUAAGAUGCUGUACAAUAAUAUCAAGGCUAUGAUGCACAUCCAAGGUCACAUUGACAGCGGUAAGCAGCACAACCUUGACCUCAGUGACCUCACCCAGUGUAAACAUUGUUACAAGCAGUUUGAUACUCCGUUUGAGAUGCAGACUCACGUUGAGAAGGUACAUAUGAAUGGAGCGAACGUGUUGUUGUGUAGGAUCUGUGAGCGUGACCACGAAUCGCGUACUGCUCUGACCCACCACAUGCGACAGAACCACCACGCCUGUGAGAUGCCCUAUAUCUGUCACCUGUGUAACUUCCGCUCGUCUAUGUACAGUGAUGUUGUUGAUCACUUCAAAAAGAAACAUGACAGUUCUCCACACAUUCUGUGUCUAUACUGUCUAAAAGUAUUCAAGGUGAAGUUCGUGACCUUGGGCUGGGGACAGACCCAGACGUACUACGGCCAUCUCCUGAAGCACCAGUCGAAGGCCUCCACUAAGAAGUGUACGUUAUGUCGCCUCACCUUCUAUAACGUCCCCGAUGUCAAGGCACACAAGAAAAAGGAUCAUCAAGCCAACCAUAAAGGAGUGUUAGGACCCAACAACAGAUACUCUACGCCGGGCCAGGUGAUGAUUAAGGUACCGGAGUCCGGCCUUCAGCCAAAGCCGCAGAGUGUCAAGUCACUGAACGCCCCAGCGGUCAGUAAGGUGCUGGACUUUGGGGGGACUCGCUUCCCCACAGUGGUCAAUUACCUCACCUGUCUGGAGUGUAAGAUGUCCAUGGGAACACCUGACCACUUCAAGAAGUAUAUCGAGUGUUCUAUGUGUCGGUUUGCCACAAGUUGCAGCAUUGCCUACGCCAACCAUAUGAUGGGUUUCCACUCCUGUCAGGUGUCCAGCCUUAACCUGAACAUCCCCUGGGAGCGCAGAAUGGAAACUCCCAUGUAUUGUCUGUGUGGAUAUGGGUCGAAAUAUGGCAACAAAAUAGCUAACCACCUUGUGUACUGUAUGAAGCGGACAUGUUACCUGUCCAAACCUGACUUACCUAUGUCUGAGGAGGGAUAUGAUGAAGAUACAGACCCGAGGAGAAAACCCGGUGCUUCCAUCUUGGAUGUUCUUGGUCUGGUGAAGAAAAGGACAAUAACAACCAAGGAAGAAUUGACACAUGAAGUGAUCCGACGUCCGUCCUGGGACGAGCCACCAGUUUUGACCAACAUGAAGGCGGAGUCCUCGGAGAGAGUCGACUCUGCCCCCUCACAGAAAACAGAAACAGAGGACAUUCCUCCAGAGUUGACAGGAAUGCAAAAGUGGACUACGGUGAAAAUAAAGGACUCGGCAAUACCAUCAAAGACUUCUGUAUUCCUAGGGGCCGAAGAUAUGAAGAUGAGUGAAGACGAAGACGAUGCAGAUAUGGACGUGUCUUUGUCGGACGAGUUAAAGGCGACGUUACAAAAUAUUGUGGAUGACAACAUUGACGAAUCCAAACCAGAGACAAAAGACUCGGAGACAUUAGAUUCAGAAAGUGCUACAGUUACAAACAGUUCUGAUCAAAAGUCAGGUGAAAGUGAACUUGAUGAAUCUGGUGACAAAGUUGUUCAAAAAUCAUCUGUAUCAGAUGUGACGAUAUCGUCACCAAGUGUGACAGGUGAGCCUGAAAAAUCACCUGAAACUUUGUUAGAGGAUACCUCAGAAAGGUCAGAGGUCAGAAAUAGUAGUGAGGAACGAGAACAGUUAAAUGAUACACCUGAAAUUGGAGGGGAUGGGUCGAAACUGAAUGAGGAUUUUGACAGUGCUAUUGUGACAAAGGAAAAAUUAAAAGAUGAUGAUGUUGAUCAUUUAGAUGACAAGGAAAUUGAUGAUCUAUUGAAGGAUGAAAACGAAGAUAAAGUCUCAUCAAAGGAUGAUAUGGAAGCAGUGUUAGAUUCUAAAGUUUCUGAGGAUGAGGAAAAGGACUUGUUAGAGGAUUCGGAGUCACAAGAAAGUGUGGAAGGGAAGGGAGACAACUCCCAUAACAAUGGAGAUAAUACAGAUAUAGAACGGAAAGACGAUGUAGCCAUUUCCUCAAAUGGGGAGGAGGAAAUGAGUGCAGCCUCCGAGGGAUCUCAUAAUCAGGAUGAAACAAGUCGGGGAUAUACAGAAAAUAGUAAUUCAAAAAUAGAGAAAAUUAAUUCACCUGAAGGUAGCAUUGACACGAUGGAAGAUACUACAGAAUCAAAGAUAGAGAAAACAGAUUCACCGGAAGCUAACAUGGGCACGAUUGGAGAUACAACAGAAUCAAAGAGAGAGAAAACAGAUUCACCGGAAGCUAACAUGGGCACGAUUGGAGAUACAACUGAAUCUGAAGUAUGUGAAAAGAAUUCUCCAGAAAAUGUUGAAGGCACCUCUAAUGCCAUUGAAGGAGAAAAUAUUUCAGAAGAUACAAACACAGAAACGCAGUCUUCGUCUAAAGAGUGUCAGUCGUCAGAUGGCAAUGUUGACGCAGAAGUGGCCACUCCAGAACAGAUGGAGACAAAUACCUGCCCUGAUGGAACUGAAAACAUUGAUUCAUCUGAAGAAAAAUUGGAAGAAAAAUCUGCUUCCAUAAAUGAAAGUGAAGACAUUAACAAGGCAAAGGAUUCAUCUUCUGAAGAGAAGGGAGACAACUCAAAGGACAAGGGAGAUAACUCAACUACUCCAAGGAAGGAAGACAAUUCACAGGAAAGGGGAAGCCACACAUCUCCAGAAGGAAAAGGAAACAACUCAAGAAGCAAGGGAGAUAAUUCAAACUCAGAUGGAAAAGGAGAUAACUCCAGACGAGAGGACAGAAAGAGCAGUGGGGAUAGCUACAGACAGCAUUCAAGAGACAGGGAUCACUAUGACGACAAGGACAGAUCAAGAAAUCAAGGUUCCAGAUAUGAUGAUAGGUCAUCAAAAUCUGAUUACCGUGACAACAGAUCACAGGGCAACUACAGGUCACACGGGGAUCACCAUGGUGACAGGUCACAUGACUCCGGUAGAGACUGGGACAGAAACCAUGGAAGAUCCAACAAGGAUGACGGAAAUCGGAGACAUUCAGACAAUAGAAAUUACCAUGGCAAUCAAGAUCACCAUAACUACCAAGGUCACCGUGACAAUCGUAAUUACCAUGGAAACAGUCAGUAUUCUCGAGACGGCAGAGAUGAUAGAAGACAGGGGAACUACCAUGAUAGUUAUCAGUCUAACAGAAACCAUGGCAACUUCAGAGGUGGUCGUGGUGGCUAUGGAAACCGAGGAGGUUACCAGGGAAACUAUCGGUGAUGUGAUCUCCAGUGGAUUUUAUGAUGAAACCACUAGCCAAAUUAACCAAACGAAGCAUCUGUCUGAUUUUGUACGAUGAAGGUGAUUGUUGUACACAGUGUCAUGCCAUUUGAGAAAAUCUUUCAUAGCUCAAGUUUUUCAUACUGGUUACCACGGGAACUAUAAGUCAACAACCUGGGAGAACCGAUUGGUUUCAGAAGGACUAUAGAUGACUCCUAUAUCUAGGUAUGCAAGAUACCUCAGGCAACCAUAAAAAUGUGAGCCCAAGCUUCUUCAGGAAACAGCAUGGUGCAGGCAGAGAGUGUCAUUUGUGACGGUGCAGGCAGAGAGUCUUUGGUGAUGGUGCAGGCAGAGAGUGUCAUUUGUGACGGUGCAGGCAGAGAGAGUCAUUGGUCACGGUGCAGGCAGAGAGUGUCAUUGGUCACGGUGCAGGCAGAGAGUGUCAUUGGUCACGGUGCAGGCAGAGAGUGUCAUUGGUGACAAUGUAGUUCUGAGACAUGUGAAAUUAUGUGACAACUUGAUGAACUGGUUACAAGAGAAUUUAUAAAAUAAAUAAUACAUGAAAGAGAAUAAUAAUAUAAUUCACCAGGACAGGACACUCUGAGGUUUAUAUAUUACCGAGGUAACUCUUGGUGUUGUGAUAGAUCUGAGGGUUGGAAGGCUCUGAGGUUUAUAUAUUACUAUAUUACAGAGUAACUCUUCGUGUUGUGAUAGACCUCAGGGUUGGGGGGGGGGGGGGGGGGGGGCUUCACUAAACACACCAUCAUGACAGUUGUAUAUAUACUUUAUAAAAAACAUGUACUGAAAGGAAGUUUCUUUAUUGGAAAUUAUUUGUGAUCUCAUGACAUUUUAAUAUCCACUGGAUGAGCGCAUCUGUCACUAUAUAUAAAUAUACAGAUGAUGAGCAUGAACAGUAAAAGUGACACAAUAUGAUCAACCGGAGAAAGACGGGGAAAUUCUUACUGUAAAGGAACAAACAACAUACUUUAAAAAAGGAAAGGAGAGAAAUUUCUCACUUUUUGUGAUGUGUUUAAAUGAACACCUGUGUGUUUUUUAAUGUAUCACAGUAAAAUUUGGCUGUGUACUAAGUUUCCUGGUUUGUAUAGUUGAAGUGAAACCAAAAAAAAACUUCCAAACAGACCAGCAGACCACGAGAGGUUUUAACCACCGAAGGAAGCCUAAAUACUUCUGUUAGAGAGUACUGUGCUUGUUUGUAACUCUUGACAACUAAAAUUACACUGGUUGUCAUUAACCCUUUCACCACUGUAGACCAUGAUGGACUUGUCUAGGUCUAUGCCUGGUUGAGUCUACUAAAGGUAUAUAGGGGUGAAAGGGUUAAUUAGCCAGAUCAUUGAUUGUGAUGAUAUUUACUAUAGUAAUUAACGAUGGUGUAUAACAAACCACGAUUUACAUAAUCGUACAAUUGUAUUAUGUAAUGAAAGUCAAAUUUUUAUUAUGUAUAAAUAAAUCUUCUCUCAGUGA